AUUAUAACUGUUUCGCAUGACUAAAAAGCCCGCUACAUUUGGACGGAAACUGGUCCAAGCAUAUUGGCUCUUUCGGGGCAAUUUCCGAGUAUGAAAUUGUUUGUGAAAGUUGACGAUGGUCAGUGGAAUGCUUUACCGUGCGGGGAUGGUGAAUCGAAGGUUGGCUGGAUUGCCUCCGAAAUGAAAACAAGAUUGUGCCUGGAGGCCGAUGCAGUUGACCUAAAAUGCCACGUCCGUACGAAAAACGGAGAAUCGUGCCUACUCAACGCAAGUGAUAGAAUAAGAGAUGUUUUAGAAAACAAUGACUUUGUUCAAAUCGUUAGCAAAACUGUGCAAAAUGGUGCUGUAUCUAGUGGGGAUGGAGAGGAUGAUAUGGCCAGUAAUAAAACAAAUGAGACUGUUAAGCUUGAUGGCAACUCCUUGACAACAGAGCAGCUGGUCAGAAUAGGAAAGGGUUCAGUGAAAAUUGAGCUAACUGAAGAAGCUUGGAAUCAUGUGAAGAAAUCAAGAGCAUUGCUUGACCAAAUUGUCAUUGAAAACAAAGUUGUAUACGGUGUGACUACUGGAUUUGGAAAGUUUGCGCAUGUUGUUGUACCCAAGGAGAAACUAGAGAGGCUGCAGGAAAAUCUCAUCAGAUCUCAUGCAUGCGGUGUUGGAAAGCCCCUAACAAUAGAAAGAACAAGAAUGCUUUUGGCACUUAGAAUCAAUAUUCUUUCCAAAGGCUACAGUGGAGUUUCUGUUGACACACUCAGCAAUAUGAUUAAUAUGUUGAAUGCAUCCUGCUUACCUUUGGUACCAGAACAAGGAACCGUUGGUGCCAGCGGAGAUUUGGCCCCCUUGGCCCACUUGGCACUUGGUGCUAUGGGUGAGGGCAAAAUGUGGAGUCCCAAAAGUGGAUGGGCAGACGCUAAAGAUGUGUUGGAAUCGCAUAACUUGAAGACAAUAUCCCUUCGCCCAAAAGAGGGUUUGGCUCUUAUCAAUGGAACACAGUUGAUAGCUUCUCUGGGCUCAGAGGCUCUUGAGAGAGCUGCAGCAAUUGCAAGACAAGCUGAUGUCAUUGCUUCGCUGUCGUUGGAAGUUUUGAAAGGAUCAACCAAAGCCUUCCAUCCGUUAAUACAUGAAGCUCGGCCUCAUCCCGGGCAGGGAUUGGUUGCCAAGAGCAUGCGAGCUUUGCUGCACUCUGAUGUUUUUCCUUCCGAAAUCGCUGAAAGCCAUCGAUUUUGCCACAAGGUCCAAGAUGCAUACACUCUUCGAUGCUGCCCGCAGGUUCAUGGAAUAACUCGAGACACAAUUGAAUUCGUAAAGAAAAUUUUGACGACAGAACUCAACAGUGCUACAGAUAAUCCCAUGGUUUUUGCUGAAAUCGGAGAAACUAUGUCUGGUGGUAAUUUUCAUGGAGAAUAUCCUGCCAAGGCUCUUGAUUAUUUAGCCAUUGCUGUUCAUGAACUUGCAAAUAUCGCCGAGAGACGAACCAACCGACUCAUGAAUCCAGCAUAUAGCGAACUACCUGCUUUCCUGGUGGAAGAUGGAGGAUUCAAUUCUGGUUUCAUGAUGGCACAUGUAACUUCUGCAGCUUUGGUUUCUGAAAACAAAGGGCUCUGUCAUCCAGCCUCGGUUGAUUCUCUAACAACAUCAGCUGGCACGGAGGACCACGUAUCAAUGGGAGGCUGGGCUGCAAGAAAAGCACUUAGUGUCGUAGAGAAUGUCGAAAGAGUUAUGGCUAUAGAACUGAUGGCAGCCUGCCAGGGGAUCGAAUUCCUCAGGCCAUUGAAAACAACAGAACCUUUAGAAGCCGUCUACAAAGUGGUUCGAGCCACGUGCAAAAAACUUGAUGGGGACAGAUACAUGGCAGAGGAUAUUGAAAAUAUCACGCAGCUAUUGAGGAGCGAGAAGAUUUGGAAAACGGUUGUACCAUUUAUCGAGAGAUACAAUAAACAAAUUUUCGUUGGUGAUGGUGCAGAACCUCUUAAUUCUCCAACUUCAUCCUCAAUCCAACAAGAACCAAUCACAAAAAGGCAGAAAUUUAACUAAGGUUCCAGUCAGUAAAAGACUUGUUUUUAAUAAUUUUCGUUAUUUAUCGAAGGCUUAUUUUUAAAAUGUAAAACUGACUAUUUAUUAGGUUUUGUCAUUAGCAUUAAUCGUAUUGUUUCAUUGUUUGUUUAAUCUGUGUCAUAGAAGGUGAAAAAAGGAAAAGACUGUCUGUGAACAGUUAAAAGAUCUGUCUUCAUGCACGUGAUAAAUACCAGUAUUCCCAGAGUGCAUUUGAUUGGUCCAAAUUAGAGCCCGAUAUUUGAUUGGUUACGACUCUGCUAACACUCUUGUCUUUGUCACGUGCCACAGACAGUGCUUUCCGACUUUUAUGAUGCACCUUUGCAUUUUAUGAUGGUUUUUUACUGUGUUUAGGUUGUUCCCCGUUAAUUUUAACCCUUUUGUAAGUUUCUUUU